AUGGCGCCAGGUCGGCGCGAGUUGACAAACACUGAGCACGAGGCAAUCCUGCGAGAGUCUCUGAUGCGCAGCAAUGGCACCUUCAUGACCAAGAUGCCUAAAGGGUUAAGCUCCGAGCUCGCUGCCAAGUCAUGUUUCUUGCUGCGGUUGCGCGCCCUCGGUACCAGGAAGACAGCUGCGAGUGGUGGGACGGCAAGAUGGCCCUUUACCACACUCGCCGCUGGCCAACGGUCAAGCGCCAAUCGAUCUGCUGGGACGCUCGAAACCAAAACUGUCAAUGUCACAAAGGACGUCUACCGGAAUUACCUCCUCGAAAAGGUCUUGUCUGCAAUCGUGCGAAAGUGGCCUGGCGACACGAGGGACAUCAUCCUGCAGCAUGACAAGGCGAAGACUCAUGUGACUGUGUCAGAAAAGCGUCUCCAGCAAUCGUUCGAUACCUACAAGUCAGCCGGCUGGACUUUCCGACUUGAGCCGCAACCGCCGAACUCUCCUGACUUCAACGUCUUGGACUUGGGGUUCUUCGCUGCACUGCAGUCUCUCCAGCAUCGACGAGCUAGUGGACAAGACCGUACCUCCAUGACACUGCAGGCGUGCCUUCUGGAAGCGAUGAAGGUCCACGGCGACAACAUCUACAAGAUCCCGCAUCUGUCAAAAGAGAUGAAGCAACAGCAUGGAAUGCUUGGCCGCAAUGUGGAGCUCCAUGCCGACGCCGCUGGUAUGUUACAAACGUGCGACAGGGAAGCCAUGGAUGCAGCAUGUGCUGCCGAACUGACCGACCUCCGCGAGAUGGAUGAGCUGUCAAGAGUGUUGGAGGAGAUGACACUCGGCGGCGACGACCACGAAGAUCUGGCACAUGCGUUAGUUGAAGUGGGUAUUGACGCGAUAGACCUUAGUAGUAGUGAUACUCCGAGUGCAGUCCCACCUGCCCACAAGGUCACUGCAGCUCGCUUGUUUCGUUUGCGUGUCCAAAAGGCCAUUGACGACGGCAAACGAUGCUACCAGAUUGCACUGGCCGAAGGGUAUGGAGGUGAGCCUUGCUUGUCCAUGUUGAACUGA